AUGAGCAGAGGCUUGGGCGCCGGUUGCCGCCGAGCCCAAGAUAUCCGUGGUCACAGCAUUACUGCCCCCAAGAGGCACGAGACGGGUUUGGAGAACGGGAUUGCUUCUCCGCUUGCUCGCACGAGAGGAGCUCCCGGUGAUGCGGCCCGUGCAGACAGUGAACCUGGAACGCGCGGGGCGCGCCUGCGAGUGGAGGCUUCCGGCGGCUGCUUCCGCUGGAUCUCCCAAAGGCCCGACCUGGUGGCUUUGGAGGAGCCGCUGCCGGAGGAGUUGCCGCCCCGGCGAGCUGCCGAGGCCGAGGCAGAGGCUGCCUGCCAGGAGGCAUGCUUGCACGUGGGACGCCAGUUCCUUGUGCAAGAGGAUCCAGGCGCAGGUGAUGGCUGUCAGCCAGUCGCAAUCAUUCGCAGCCUCGCGGAAAGCGUAGAUAACGUCGAGAAGGUCCUGGUUUUGGCCCAGGAUAUUCAUUCAUCCGGGGUUGAACUCCGAUGUGAAGUUUACAUCGCCAACAUCCACAGAAUCGAGGUUGAGACUUCUGUGCGCAGAAUAAAUGUGGAUGAUGUGGAGACGCUCGGUGUCAAGGCCUACGACAAGCAGGGCAACGUUUUUUCGUCGCUGGAGGGUCUGCAGUUCAGGUGGCGCAUCGGAGACGAAAGCAUAUUGCAGAGACCGAAGCUCGUCGACUCGGCCUUCAAGCUGAGCCCGGUUCGCCGUGCGUUGGCAGAGGCUGGGGCAGAUCCUGACACGGUCCUCCUCCGUGGUGUUGCAACCGGGAGGACAACGGUCGGCGCCAACUUGACUGUUGCUGGCAUGCGGCACGUUAUCUCUCCCGAUGUGCCCUUGACGGUGCUGGAAAACAUCGUACUGCUGCCAUCGCUGAUGCGGGCACCGCCCAUGGCACAUCUGCAGCUUCAACUUAAGGUCCUUCGCGGUCCACGCCGCCCUCUGGAGGAGUUCCCAUCAGUGGCACUACCAGUGCCACAUUUCAGCUGGCACGCGCAGGCAGUGGAAGGUGGCCCGGACGUCCUGUUCGUCCAGCCGCAGAUGGGCCUUGUAGUGACUCAGCAUCUUGGCUCUGGGCGAGUUCUGGCGGUGGACUCGCGAAUUGAGAACAACACUGCGGCGUCGAUCGUUCAUGUUGUAAACCCUGCAGUGCUUCGCUUCACCACGCUGCCUCUAUGGCGAGGGCCUGGCGUUCCCAUCGAUGCUCGCGCACCAGGAUGGCUGGGGACGCUGGAAAGUGGCUGGGAAGACGCAGAGCUGCAGGUGCUACGCUUCGACACAGCAGGAGUCUCCUCAGCAGAGCCGAAGCUUCAGCUCGUGCAGGGUAGGACGUAUGCUCUGAAACUGGAGCUGAUGGACGACCUUUCGCAGCCGAUGCAGAUUCCACUGAACCUUCGAGCAGAAGCUCGCUGUGUCGCCGAGCCCGACAUGCCGCCGGCACUGCAGCUGUUACAUCAGGCUUCCAAUUCUGCGGUCAUCAUCUUCCGUGCAGUGGUGCCGGGUGAGGGCGUCAUCACCAUCGACGGCUUGACUCUCCAGGCUGACAGCGAAGACCAGGCCCGUGGCCUGAAGACGCUUGCGUUGAAGCUCACGGCGAAGCAGGUUUUCCACGUGGCGCCUGAGUUGCGACCACUGGUGCCGGUUCCGGGACCGAUGCUUCUUCCGAGGUGGCAUUCCUACUUGCUGAAGGUCGCAGGUGGAAGCGGCCAGCAGGCGUUUGCUCUGACCCAACUGAAUCCAGCCGGUGUGGCCAGCGUUUCUGCCGAAGGCCGCGUGCAGGUAUUUGGCCGCUUGGGCAGUGCAGAUCUCCUGGUUUACGACACAAGGAACCCAGCGAACAACUUUACUCUGCCGGUGUUGGUAAGACGUGCCGGCCAGCUUCGACUCUUGCCCCGCUAUCUGCAGAUUCGUUUGUCUCCAGAUCACCCAGCGGAAGAGGUCGUUCGGGUGCAAGCGCGGCCUGAGGAAGGUGGCGACGAUGCUGAGCUGUGCCGGCUGCUUCGAAAUUUGACCUUCUGGAACUGCACGGUGCUCUUCCCGUCGGACCAGCUGGUGCCCGAAGUCUCCAACCACACCGUUGCUUCCGUACUUGCAGCCUCUUCAGGUGAGUUUGCGACAUGCGCCGCCCUUCAUGUGAGGCCUCUCGCAGCAGGACGAUUUCAGCUCAUCGCGAAAGCUCAGGAGGUUGAUGUGCCUGCGCUUCCAUCAGCAUCGCUUCCCUUCGAGGUCUACAAGCCCUUGAAUUGGCAAUUGCUUGGAGUUCCGAGCCCAGCCGACGUACUUGCAGCGGCUCAGACCAAUCAGUCGGCAGCAUUGGUCGUGGCACCCUGUUCCUCCGUCAGACUCUGCAUCUCCGAUGGUCCCCUUGGCUUAACGGUUCAAGGACGGGAGACGUGGAAUUUGACAGCUGGAGCCCACAUAACUGUGCCGGAAGCUAAGCCCGCAUCAUCACAUUGUCGGAGAAGCGAAAGGGAGGGCUUGUUUCUGCGGCCAUGUACUUGUUUAAUGUUGUUUACUCAUUUGCUCACUAUUUCUAGUGAGAUUACAAGUUAG